AUGGGUGAGAAAGAUGUUGCAUUAAGCGACAUUGAUUUAAACAGUCCUAUUAAGAGGGUUGGCUCAACUACGAAUGCCUUUUUCGAGCAAUCGAAAGAGAACAAUACUGAUACAUGGCUAAAGAAGGCAAAAGAAGACGGGCUCUGCGACAACUCAAUUGCACGCCCGAGCCUGCCGAUAAAUAUUGAAUUGGAGCGUAACGAAAUUCACAAAUUUCUUCAGAAACCAUGCCUUGACUUAGCAGACAGAGUUCAUUUAAGCUCAAGAAGGUUGUAUCAAGCAUAUCUGUGGAAGCAUCAAAUAAAGCGCAUAAAAGAAUUCACAAAACAGCACAUGCUUGUAAUAAUUAAGCUCAUUGAUCUUGGAGGAAUUGAAAGUGCAGAGCAAGAGGUUUUGAAUUUGUACAACGGAACAAACCUCGGAAAGAUAGAAACCUUAGACCAUGUUCUUCUAGCCGACUUUUCCGUCUCCAAUAACUAUUACCUUUCAACGCUCAAACUGCUUGUUAUGCAAAUAAUAAUAAGGGGUAAAAUGCACGAUAAACAUUCAGCAGCAAUUAUACAACUUUUUGCAUACGACUCUCGAUAUCUUCUUCGAAGUGAAAAAACCAAAGCCCAGUCACUCAUUAAACUUUUACUGAAUUUCUUCUCGAUACUCCCCACGUACAAGAUCCUUUUUGGCCUCAAGUUCCUACAAUAUAUCAAGCAGUUUGACUUAUGUUAUGGAGACUUUGUUAAAAACAUGCCAAUUCAGAGAUUUCAAGAGCUAUUGUCACAGUGGGGCAGAAAAUCAUUUGUUCACAUAUGCGAUUUCCUGAACCUAUUUUACGUCAGCUACUCCAAACACUUCUUCACGGUCGAUAAAAUAAUGCUUCACGACAUCACAGAAACAAUUCACAGCGAUCGAGUGAAACCGCUUUUAUGUUGCUUUGACUCUACCCCACCACAUCAAUGGGAGCUACAGCUAAAAUCGCUAAGUCCUUUAUCAAGCACGGAGAAAAACUCUUUGAUUGAUUUUAUGGCGGAAAAUCUAAAGGAAAGAGCGUACGACUUCCCCAAACUUAUACUGCUGGCAACGUGGUUCCUGAGAAUCUGCAAUAAAGAAUUCGUACCAGCUCCGAAGGAGGUUUGGAGGGUUAUUGACAAGAUAACAAUUCUCAUUAACACGCAUCUUAAGCUCAUUGACAUGCAUGUUUCGAAAGAAAUUAUGGGGACCUUGUCUGAUUUCUGCAUAAAUAAUCUUGAACCCAAGAGACUGCUCAACAUUGUUAACGUUGGGUUCAACUCCUUUAUCAUCUUCAAAAAUGAAAUAUUCCUGUUUGAGGCUGCCAAACUCGAAAUUGCUAGACAAGUUAUUCUUGAAAACGGGGACCUCUGCCUCUCAAGGCUUGAAAAAUUUAUUUCGAAUGCAUCAAAAGAGUACCGCAUUAAGCUUUUCUCAAUGUUUUUCAAUAUAUUCACUUGCUUCAAGUAUGAGACAUUGGCUUCACUUAUGCAUAUUAUGACACAAUUUUCGCGAUCUGUUAAGCACAUCAGAAAUUUUUCAAGCAAAGAGCUCCUUGAAACUUCGGAGCUAAUGCUAUGUUUGCUGUCGACUAACCAGCCGGUCCAAACUACAUCUAUUAGUGCUUGGAGCCCUCUGACCCAAAAGCUUUUUCUUUCUCUUUCUGAUUUUAGGGGAGCAAACGAUAUCGAAAUCAAAAACGGCAGAGAACCAUUAGAUCCAUUGAGACCUUAUGAGCCUGUGAUCAUGUCAAUGUAUUACCUUGGCCUUGAGAUCAAGAAAGGUUCAUGCAUCUCUCUAGCAAAAAUAACAGACGCUUUCAUCAAGGAAUGGGUUCUGAGGUCCGAUCCUCUGGGGGAGCCAGUCUCGUUGUUGGAACUGUCCUUGGUUGAUGCUUUGUUUGGUUUUCUGAAAUUCAAUAAGUUUUACAAAAAAGUGGUUCACCUUGCGAAUGCGCUCAAAGAAUCCUACUUUUUUAGUCAUGAAAAUUGUGCAGAAAACGUUUUGGAGCAGCUUGUUGAAGGCUACGCAGGUCUGCAAUUAAGGGAUUGUGUUAUCGCCACAUCUACGGAGGUUGAAAGCAGGCGAAAUCCUUCUCGAAUUGAUGACAUGAGUGAAGAUGAAUUUUCUCGAUUUGCGAGGCUGCAGCUAAUGAAAUGCUUUUGGAAAAAAGACGUUAACACAUUCAAUGAACUUUUUGUCGAAAAAGUUCCUAAAGUUAAGCCAGAAGUUUUCGAUGUCAAUAAUACCUCUCGAAUUCCAACGAAAACAUAUCUCGGGUUUUUGAUACUUAACAUCAGGAUUACGAGCACCGCAUCCGCAUUACAGCUUUACAAUGACAAUAUGGUAGAGGCCUUGAUUGAAGCUAAAAAAUCCCUGAAGCUGUGCCAAACUUUGCUAAAAAAGUCUGCUCAACUUCCGCACAAUGUCAGGUGGGAUAUACUUACAUUCUUGAGCAAAUCCUUUUCAGAUGUCAUAGACAUUUACACACACCUCGGUGUGUCAAAAGAUUGUGACUUCUAUACUACCGAGUACUUGAGAGUUGCAUGCUCAGUAAAGGACGCCGUUAUCGUCCACGAAUGCCUUCAAAAAUCCGUCGUUUAUUACAGAAUAACGCUUCAAAAUAAUCUCGCUGGAGCAUUGAUCAAAAAAGCUAACGCCGUUUUUGGCCGGCUCGAUGGUAGUGAAAACUUUGAAGCUUUAGCUCUUUUUUUGUUCAACAAUGGUGAAACAGACAAACUUAAUGAAUCCCUGCAUCUGUUUUUCAAGGACCACUUUAAAGACAGCUUCCUUUUUGCCUCUUGGAAACUUUUAUUAGGUUGCACUAUAGAUAUCACUCAUGGGCACCUCCAAUUCGUUAAAGCUAACGACAUCAACUAUAGCAAGGAAAUUUACUCUAGAAUCUCAUUGCAAAUGGAGUCAGAUCCGUUUUUUAGAAGCAUGAGGGAUUCUGUAACAUCAAUUCCAUCAUUUGCGCUGCGAAUUCCCGACAAAAGGACAGAAAUUUGUAUCAAAGGCAUCGAAUUCAACACACCCGUAAAAAACAGAACUCGCAACGUCAUCAUAAAUUCCCCAAGGCCGUCCUCUUUAACCCCCCGGGGUAAAUCUUUGAAACAGAGUUUCGACCGAGCGAAGGCCACCAACGAUCUUGAAUUAAUCAAGCGCAAAAUCGAAUUUUUGGAUAUUGAGGGCAUGAAAAGCUAUGAGAUUGCAGAGGCGUCUGCUCUGUACUCUCUGUCGCUUUCGCUAAUAAGUAGCAUCAAUGCUUCGAAAGCUUACAGUUCAGUUCUCGACCGAAAAUUUGCGCUGGCUGAAAUACCGAAAUACACGCCCAUGUUUUUUGACAAAUUGCUGUCCAAGCAAGGUAACGAAAUUUACAGUUCUUUUAUUCCCAAGUGCAUACAGCUGAAAGUAUCGGGGUCCAAAAAUUCCACGGAUUCUACCAAACAAGUGCAUCUUUCUGAGGUCCAAUCCAGUUUUGGACUGGAGUUUAGUGGAGCAUUUAAUGUAAUCAGCAUAGAUGUUUGUGAAAUCACGGGAGAUCUUCUGCUCUCCAAGAUGGACUCUGGCAGAGAUUCAAAAGUAUGCCUCAGACUGCCCCUUAAUAGGAGCAAUUCCAGAGACAUGGAUGAAAUCGAGUUGAGUUUUGAUAAUGCGGUAAAUGAGCUGACACAGAUCAUUAAAGAGAGCAACAAAACAACUUCAGUUGAGGUUACGUCAAAUAUCAGCACCAAAGAUGCCCGAAAACGAUGGUGGCAGUACCGUUACGAGCUUGACUCUAAAUUACAAAGCUUACUUUCCAAGAUCGAAAGCUCAUGGUUUAGCGGAUUCAAAACUUUCUUCGCCCAAGAGAUUAUAGAGCAAAAGGAUCUGGAGAAGUUCAGAGUUUGUUUCGAGGAGAUUUUGCAGCAAACUCUUCCCACAAGAAAACAGUGUGGAAAUCCAAGCGAUUUUUUCCGAAUUAACGAUGUUGUUCUCGAGCUAUUUCUCAAACUAAAUCCUUCAGACAAAAGCUUCAUGGAAAUGAUGGAGGAUCUCAUUUUUUUUGUCUUUGAUCUUUUGCUCUUCCAUGGCGAGGAGAACGCUUAUGACGAGAUUGAUAUCGAUUCCAUUCAUGUUCAGCUCGAGGCACUGAUCAAUGAUUACCGAAAAGAGAUACCUUCUCCAGCAAAAGUUUCACACACUUUCCUUGUAGUAUGCAGUGCUGGACACAUGAUACCAUGGGAAUCAUUGGACUUUCUCGCCAGCAAUUCUGUCAGUCGUAUUCCCUGUUUUCAAACCCUAAAAAGCAUCAUGGAUGACCGCUCGGGUCCUUUCCCUCCGACGGUUGAGCUUGAUGAAAGGCUUUCAAUGAUUUUAAACCCCCACGGCGAUCUACAACGAACACAAUCAAAUUUUGACGACAUCUUUCGAGAAUGGAGUAGAGAGCUUCCAGAUUCCAAUCUAGUCGUAGGUGAAAAACCAGAGGAGUCGAAAUUCAUAGAGAUGCUGAACAACUCAAAAGCUUUUAUAUACGUGGGUCAUGGGGGCGGAGAACAGUAUGUGAGGCUGAAAAAAAUCAAGCAGCAAUCCAAGAUAGCUCCUAGCUUUCUCUUAGGGUGUUCGUCGGCUUUUAUGGAAAACCGCGGGAAACUGGAGCCGACUGGUGUUUCAUACUCUUACUUAUUGGGUGGUUGCCCUAUGGUAGUUGGAAACCUUUGGGACGUAACUGACAAGGACAUUGACAAAUUUAGCAGGACUAUGUUCGAAGAGCUCGGACUAAUUGGCGGGUCCAAAAUUCAUAAGACGGUUUCCGAGGCCUUGGCUCUUGCUCGAGGCUCUUGCCAAUUGAAGUAUUUGAAUGGUGCCGCACCAGUGAUGUACGGUAUACCGCUCAGGUUUACUCGCUAA